AUGAUUAAUUUAGCAAGGGCAGGUCAAAUACAUGCGGGAGUUUUAUCUAUCGAGGCAUUACAUGAAAGCAUGAAAGAAAUUAAAUUUUCAUUACCUAAAGGUACAUCAUUACCGAUUGAUAUUGACAAUAUUGAUGAUCCAUAUAAUUUGUAUCAAUUAUCAGAGGUCAGUGUUGUGUAUCAAAAUCAAUUACUGAUGUUUAAUAUUAAAAUACCAUUGGUAGAUCAACAGAAUUUUAUUUUGUGUAAUAUAAUUCCGAUGCCGAUUAAAAUUAAAAACAAACAGUUCGCGUACGUACAAAAUACGUAUGAUUAUAUUGCGAUAAGUCCUUCUAAUGAAUAUUUUACGACCUUUACACCACAACAAUUAAACUCGUGUAAGAGAAUAGUUAAUUACUUUAUCUGUUAUGCCGUACAACCUCUACAUUCUAAAAAUUCAAAUACUAACUAUGAAAUGGCGUUAUUUACGAAACAAAAGGAAAAUACGCAAAUGUGUAAAUAUUUAUAUUUUGAGUUAUAUGGCAGUAUAUUUCAUAAAUUAGAAUUUAAGAACACGUGGAUCUAUACCGUAGAACACGAAAAUGUAGUACUAACAUGUGGGGUAGACGAGAGAUCAGAAAAUAUAGAGCUAGUAGGAACAGGGUUAUUAACAAUCGAAGAACAAUGUAAAGGGUAUGCAAGCCAAAAUAUAUUGCAACCAGUUACAUCGGUUCAAAAUUCGCAAUUAGUAGAUAUAAUACCGGAAACAAAAAUAAUUAUGGUUGAUCAAAAAUUAAAGCAGGAUGCUACGUUUAGUAUACCAUUAUUUAAAAAUAUGGGUAAAAUUGAAAAACUACACGAUUUGAAUUCUAUAUCUAGUUUUUUAGAUGACAUAAAUAAAGAUAUUGAUUAUCAAAUUACAAAACAAUCUGUACACGAGGUACACAAAAAUUAUAACUAUAUGUUUUAUAGCAUUGUAAUUUUAUUUGUAAUCUUAAUUGUUUGUAGCAUGAUUAAAAAAUAUUGUAUGGUUUCAACACCACCUCCGGUAACAUUACGCGAUUAUAAUCCUGUACAUUUUGACUCAAUCAGAGUAACUGAUGUGUGA